UGAGCUGAUGUCACGAGUGGUUUGAGCAGAGUGCCUAUAACUGUUGGAGUCGGCUGGUGUGACAGUCCUCGGACCGCUCCUGACAGACUGGGACCAAACACAACACAAAAGAAUUCUCAUCAGUAUGAAUCAGCUGAAGGUGUCUGCGUUCCUUCUCAUGGUGCUCGUGUUGCUACGCUGCAUCACUACCGCUCCAACUCACAGGUACUUGAGUCCCAGCUCCUCCUCCUCCUUCGAGCAGGAGAGUGCUCCUCCAGAGAGAGAGAGCUGGUCACUGCCUGAGCUCAUCUCCAACCCUUUCCUUGACCUCGUUGGUUCACGGACACAAAGGGGCCUCACGGGAACGAACAGUCACCACUUGGAGAAGAGAAAAUGUAACACAGCCACCUGCGUGACCCAACGGUUAGCAGACUUCCUGGUCCGUUCCAGUAACACCAUCGGGACCGUCUACGUACCAACUAAUGUGGGAUCAUCCACCUACGGAAAAAGGGAACUACAGCAUCCUCGCAACUACUUGCCUUUCUAACACAAACUGAGUUUAAUUAUCCAAUAUUAUGUAAAAAGGCUGUAAAAAUGUCACUAAUAAUGACACUGAUUGUAAUAAUCAUGAAGAUAAGAAUGUUUUUUGUCACAAACAUGAAGAAGCAGUGCCUUUGUUUGGUUUAAACCAUCUGAUCAAAUGUUUGGUUCCUCCCAGUUCUGUGGUUGUUAGUCUUGUCAGUCCUUUUUUCAAAAUAGCAUGAUGCAUUCAGAAAAGGGAAUAAAAUAUGUAAAGCAUCUAAUAAAAAAUGUAAACCUACAUUAAAUACAUGUUAUUUGUUGUUUUUGAUAAUAAAAUA